CUGCAAACGGCCUUAUUGUGCGCCAGGUAAUCAACUCACAUGUGACGCUUGUCGAGUCUCUACAAACGUGCGUGGUGAAGAUGGCGGCGCAAAAUUCGGUGCCGAGUGAUCUCUUUAAGCACGUUUAUUCAUUUCUAUUAGAAAACAAGUUCACAAAGGCUGCGCAGCAGUUUAUUAAACAGGCCAAAGUGAACCCGCGUGAGAACAAUGAUGAAAGUCUGGAAGACAUAUUCAACUUCUGGGUGAAGUCUCCUGAAGCUAAAAAGCGGAAAGCUCUCACCAGUGAUGCAGGAGGCCCGUCAGCCAAGAAGACCAAGACCUCUGCUGAGAGCUCGAGCAGCGAGGAGAGCAGCGAGGAGGAGGAGGCAGCCAAGGUUGCUCCUUCAGCCACUAAGACUGCUCCAGCGAAGACUCCUCCAGCUAAGAUGGCCACUGCAGCAAAGCCAGCAGAGUCCAGCAGCAGCGAGGACUCUGAAGACGAGCCUCCAGCUAAGAAACCAGCAGCGGUCAAGGCCCCAGCAAAGGCAGGGCUGGCGGUGGGAGGCAGGAAGAAAGACUCCAGCUCCAGCAGUGAGGAGUCUGACUCUGAGGAGGAGCAGCCUGCUGCAGCAGCCAAAGGACCAACCCCCACCCCCAAGGCCGCUGAGCAGCAGGAAAGCAGCAGUGAAGACAGCUCCAGCGAGGACGAGACGCCUGCCAAGGCCCCAGCCAAGGCUGCAGUCAAAGCCCCCCCAGCCAAGGCCCCCCCUGCAGAUGAGUCCAGCAGUGAAGACUCUUCCUCUGAGGAAGAUGAUGCUCCUCCCUGCAAAAAGCCCAAAGCUGGGCCGUACAGCGCUGUCCCUCCCCCCGCCGCCAAGAAGGCCCCCAGCAAGGCCCCCGCCCCCAGCAAGGCCCCCGCCCCCAGCAAGGCCCAGGACAGCUCCUCAGAGAGCAGUAGCGAUGAGGAGGAAGUGAAGACUGCAGGUAAACCUGCCCCUGUGAAGACGCCCCCAGCCACACCUGCCGCCCCGAAACCUGCUGCCCCAAAACCUGCCGCCAAGAAGCCGGAGUCCAGCUCUGAUAGCUCAGACUCAAGUUCGGAGGAGGAGACCCCAGCUAAAGCUACCCCAGCUAAAGCUACCCCAGCUAAAGCUACCCCAGCUAAAGCUGCCCCAGCUAAAGCUGCCCCAGCUAAAGCUGCCCCAGCUAAAGCUGCCCCAGCUAAAGCUGCCCCAGCUAAAGCUGCCCCAGCUAAAGCUACCCCAGCUAAAGCUGCCCCAGCUAAAGUUGCCCCACCGAAGGUGUCUAAGGCUGCCCCAGCAGAGGAGAGUUCUUCAUCCUCCAGCUCUGAGGAGGAAGAGGAGGCCAAGAAGCCGGCAGCUAAAUCUACCCCAGCUAAAGCUACUCCAGCUAAAGUUGCCCCACCGAAGGUGACUCCUGCUAAGGCUGCUGCAGCAGAGGAGAGUUCUUCAUCUUCAAGCUCGGAGGAGGAGGAAGAGGAGGCCAAGAAGCCAGCAGCUAAAUCUACCCCAGCUAAAGCUACUCCAGCUAAAGUUGCCCCACCGAAGGUGACUCCUGCUAAGGCUGCUGCAGCAGAGGAGAGUUCUUCAUCUUCAAGCUCGGAGGAGGAGGAAGAGGAGGCCAAGAAGCCGGCAGCUAAAGCUACCCCAGCUAAAGUUGCCCCACCGAAGGUGUCUAAGGCUGCCGCAGCCGAGGACAGUUCAUCUUCAAGCUCGGAGGAGGAGGAAGAGGAGGCCAAGAAGCCGGCAGCUAAAGCUACCCCAGCUAAAGUUGCCCCACCGAAGGUGUCUAAGGCUGCCGCAGCAGAGGACAGUUCUUCAUCUUCAAGCUCGGAGGAGGAGGAAGAGGAGGCCAAGAAGCCGGCAGCUAAAGCUACUCCAGCUAAAGUUGCCCCACCAAAGGUGACUCCUGCUAAGGCUGCUGCAGCAGAGGAGAGUUCUUCAUCUUCCAGCUCCGAGGAAGAGGAGGCCAAGAAGCCGGCAGCUAAAGCUACCCCAGCUAAAGCUACCCCAGCUAAAGCUACCCCAGCUAAAGCUGCCCCAGCCAAGACCCCUCCUGCCAAGAAGGCAGAGUCCUCAAGCUCAGACUCCGACAGCAGCUCAGACGACGAGGCCCCCGUUAAACCUGUCACACCCACCCCGGCGGCCACUUCCACCCCCAGACCCACCCCGGCCAAGGCUGCUGCAGCGAGCAGCUCAGAAUCUGACGACUCGUCUGAUGAGGAAGAGCAGCCAGCCAAGACCAAGGCUUCGGCCCCCACCACCCCCAAACCAGCCUCUAAGCCAGCCACCCCUGUGAGCAAACCUGCAGCAGCAGAGGAGAGCAGCUCUGACUCCUCCUCCGAGGAAGAGGAGGAGCCUGUGAAGCCCAAGACCGUUGUGGCCAAGCCAGCCUCUAAACCAGCCACACCAGCCUCUAAACCAGCCGCCAAGAGCCCUGCCCCCACCAGCAAGGCAGCUCCUGAGUCCAGCAGCGAAUCUGACAGCUCCAGCGACGAAGAGCAGAACACGACUGCAGCAGCCCCCACAAAGACCCCUGCCCCCACAAAGACCCCAGCCCCUGCCCCCACAAAGACCCCAGCCCCUGCCCCCACAAAGACCCCAGCCCCUGCCCCCACAAAGACCCCUGCCCCCGCCAAGACAGCAGACAGCUCCUCCUCUGACGAUUCCUCCGACUCAGAGACGGAAGCCACUCCCGCAAAGCCUGCUCUGACCAAUGGGAAGGCGGCAACGCCCAAAGCCACCGCCCCUGCCACCAAGGCAGUCGCCAAGCCUGCGGAGUCGUCCUCCAGCGACGACAGCUCCUCGGAGGAAGAGGAAAACAGUAAAACAGUUAAGGCUGCCCCCACCCCCAAGACAACUCCUGCCCCCCCUCCCAAAGCCAAGGAGGACAGCAGCAGCUCAUCGGAGGAGGAGGAGGCGGCUAAGGGUAAACCCACCCUAGCAGCAGUGACGCCAAUCACAAACGGAACAAAAGUCAAGAGAAAAAAGGAUGAAGACUCUUCUGACAGCGAGGAGGAGGAGGCAGAAGUGACGACUCCAAAGAGCAAGAAAGUCCCUAAGACGCCACAGACCUUUCCCAAGGUCAAGCCAAAGACUGCCAAUGUACCUUUCCGUAGAAUAAGAGAGGAGGAUGUUGAGGUGGAUCACCGUCUCGCAGACAACUCGUUUGACGCCAAGAUGGGCGCUAGCGGUGACUGGGGCCAGAAGGCCAACGAUGUCUUGCGGUUCACCAAGGGCAAGUCCUUCCGCCACGAGAAGACCAAGAAGAAGCGUGGCAGCUACCGAGGGGGCGCCAUCUCCACCACCAUCAACUCCAUCAAGUUUGACAGUGACUGAGGUUCUCUUCAACCCAACCCUCCUUGGUCCCCUCCCCCCCGCCUCCCUUGUCUACCAGGGAUGUCCCCUUCCCCCAAGUCCUGACACCUCCAUCUCUUCCUCCACCCACUGACAAUUUGCUCCCCCCCCCCAUCUCCCAGCAGCAGCAUCCUGACUGAAGAACUGAACUCUUGUACUGAGCUAACAGCAAGCUAGCUUAGCGGCUACAUGUAGUCAGCCAAGCUACUAGCUAUCUAAGCUAAUGGCUAGCUUGUGGCUACAUUUAGCAGAGCUGGCUAGUCUUGAUCGAUAGCUAUGCUGCUGUCCUGACUAGCGGUGUGACAGAGAUGCUACAGGGGAGGUGUCUGCUCCUCUGUGCCUAACUAUGAAUGCAUCAACAAGGGUAACGUCUUGUAAGGGUAAUGUCCUUUGAGGGGUAAUGUCUUGAAAAGUCCUUAUGACUGUAGUUAUGUCGUAUGGCCACCAGGUGGCUCUUGGUGCCACCUUUACCUUAUUGUUUGCUGUUAAAUUCUGCAUCCAUUUCUCAUGGCCCUUUCUGCAUUGGUUUGUUAGUUUAACAUGCGCUUUAUCAUGAGUGUUUUUCAUUGGCAAUUACAAAUGAAUUGUUGCAUUUUAUUUGUUUAGCAACCUUUUGCAUCUUCAGCCUCUCGAAGGGAUGGUUUGAUCUUCUUGUGAAUGACAGAGUUGCAAGGCUUUGUGUUUUUAUGUAGAGUGUGGCUGCUCAGGUUGAUAUUCACAUAACCCCGAAGACUAACCAGCCGCACUAGUGUUUCCUGUAGUAUAAAUAAGGUGUCAGCUUCUCUGUUUUUACAUUACUACUCCUGGUUCUCGUUCUGAUAUUUUAUGGAAAUAUUGAAGUAGUGUUCCAUACCCUCUGGAUGCUCGUACCACCUUAGACCGCAGGUGUGACCCUCUCCACCCUGCUGCCCCCUGGUGGCCCUGCUGCAGAAGGACUGCCCCCUGGUGGUCCUGCUGCAGAAGGACUGCCCCCUGGUGGUCCUGCUGCAGAAGGACUGCCCCCUGGUGGUCCUGCUGCAGAAGGACUGCCCCCUGGUGGUCCUGCUGCAGAAGGACUGCCCCCUGGUGGUCCUGCUGCAGAAGGACUGCCCCCUGGUGGUCCUGCUGCAGAAGGACUGCCCCCUGGUGGUCCUGCUGCAGAAGGACUGCCCCCUGGUGGUCCUGCUGCAGAAGGACUGCCCCCUGGUGGUCCUGCUGCAGAAGGACUGCCCCCUGGUGGUCCUCAGCGUCCUUGCAAGGGACAGUCCGUCCGUCCCCCCCCAGGCCGCCAUCACACCCACCUCCGGAUCUUUACAAGUAGUCACUUUUAAUUUACUGUUUCAUCUCAACUGUACCCCUGUAGACUACGGUUUCAGUUUGUUUUUCUUACUGAGUCUGAACGGAAUAAAGCCUUGACCGAU